UCAUCUUCUUUGUUGCAAGUAUCUUCUUUAUUUUUAGUCCGAUAAUGAGCAAUUUAAUAAACGCAAUCAGAGUCUCUUCUCAAAAGACUCCUGUUAAAGGUGCAGUGAUUUUCUUGCACGGAUUAGGUGAUACUGGUGAAGGGUGGUCAUGGUUUCCUCAGUUGAUCAACCAAACCAAGAUAAUCAAAAACUCAGAUGCCAUCAAUUAUGUGUUCCCAAACGCACCACAGAUCCCAAUUACAGUCAAUGGUGGUUACGUCAUGCCAGCUUGGUUUGAUAUUUACGCCUUUGGAGAUCCUAAUGCCAGACAAGAUGUCACUGGUUUCUUCAAAAGUUGUGAGGUUUUGAAGAGUUUAAUUAAGGAACAAAUAGAAGUCCACGGUGUCCCACCAGAAAAGAUAAUAAUCGGUGGGUUCUCUCAAGGUGCUGCUAUCUCGUUAGCCACUGCUUCCAUUUUGGAUUUCAAAAUCGGUGGUGUAGUUGCAUUGUCUGGUUUCUGUCCAGUGAAGAAUGACGUAUUAGAGAGACACGAAAAACUGGGUGUCAAUUUCAACACUCCAAUUUUCCAAGGUCAUGGUAAGGCCGAUCCCCUUAUCAAGUUUGACUAUGGCCAACAAACAAGUGAAUUCUACAAGAGCUUAGGCUUUAACAAUUAUACUUUCCGCGGUUACGAGGGUGUAGCCCAUAGUGCUGAUGACCAAGAAUUGGUUGAUGUGAUGAAGUUCAUCCAUGAUAUUGUUCAAUAGUGAAUAAGUGAGUCAAUCAACAAGUAUAUAUAUAUAUAUAUAU